AUGGAGUUGCAGAACACUGAGGCCCGAGUGGGCGAUAACAUCGGUUACAUCACUUUCGUGCUGUUCCCGCGACACACCAACAAGAACUCCAGAGACAACACAAUCAAUUUGAUCCACACUUUUAGAGAUUAUCUUCAUUACCACAUCAAGUGCUCCAAAGCCUACAUUCACUCCAGAAUGAGAGCCAAGACAUCGGACUUCUUGAAGAUCCUCAACAGAGCCCGACCUGAGAAACAGAACACCGAAAAGAGAACCAUUACGUGA